UAUAUAUAAAUUAUUAAUUUUUAAUUAUGUGUUUGGCCGUGCAGGAGUUCUCUACCAUGAGCUUCAUCCUGAGCCUUUAGCUCAAGAAAAAGUCAGAUAUGACAAUGUGAUGCAAAACAUAAAAACAGAGCAGCAUUCUCCUGUAUCCAGUAUUCCUGAUGAUGUAGAUUAUGCUCCUGGUCAUUGUGCAGCUCCUUCGUGGACUAGUGUAACGGACAGGAGCAGUAACUCUAGUGCACGCUCAAGUGUAGCUAGUUCCUCUGAAGGAUCAGUGUACACUGAUUCUGAUUUUGCCAAUGUUGUAGCAAGAGCUGCACAAAAUGCUGGUUUCCACCUGUUCAGACCAAUGUCAUCACCUAAUCAACCGUCCAAUUUAGAAAUGGCACAUACAUCAUCUCUUCUAAGUCCUGUACAUAACUGUUGAUUGUCUAGUUGGAAAUGAUAUUGGCUGGAGCAGCCCCAUUUAGUCUUUUCUGUGAAACUGUGUGAAAAAAUUAUGGACAUUUGAUAAUUACUGUCUUCUAACCUGCAGUAUUUUUACUCUCCAAGUUCAGUGAUAAUUAUAAAGGAAUACUUAGAAAAAAUUUUCAAUGUGAUUAAUUAUUACAUUUGUAUUAACAUUGUAAUAUUAACUUGGCAAUAUAAAUUAGAAAUAGCCAGCAUAGUACUUGAAGAAUAUUAGACCUUUUUUAUGUAUGAAGAAUGAUGUUUUCAUCAUCUGAUGUUUUAUGUGAUAGCUGUGAUUAGAUCUUAUUGUAACAUUUUUAAUGCAAACAUAAUUUGAUUAUAAUUUUUAUUGCAUUUUAUGAAUUCUAAGAAUGUUUAAAUUCUUUAAUCAGGUGAUGAAUAUUUGAACUAUUCUUAAUCAAAUUGUUUAAUAUUUCACUCAAUGCUGUGGGUUUCUGUUUCUGAUGCUUGUGGCUAAACUAAAUGGGUGCCAACCAAGCUUGCUGCUGCUGCAUAAAAUCAUGCCAUAUUUUGAGUCAUGUAAAUGUAAGAAUUAUGUAUAUAAAAUGUAAUUUAUUUUUGUAAGUAAUUGUACAGAAGUUUUAUAAAUUCUUUUUUUUUUUUUUGAAACUGAAAAUGUCGUUUCUAAUUAUUGUUCAUAUGUUUAUACUUUUAAUAUAUGUAAAUAUGCUUUGAGCUAAUAAUAAACAUUCUUGAGGAGACAUGUAAAAACAAACUUAUCUGGACAUUCAGUCAGUCAAAUUAUAAAUGUAUAUUAAGUACCUCUGUACCUGAUUAUAAGGGCAUAUUUACGUAUAUAAAGUCCUACCUGAUUAAUAAGGACUUCAUUAUAUUUCUGAAAUAAAUGCUUUAAAUACA